CUAAUUCUGUACGCAAUCAAAGGCAAGGUGGUGGGUGGCUGCCCAUUUCUGUGAAAGAGAGCAUCCACAAUCUUUCAAAGUACGUGUUUGACACCGUUUCAGUGCCUACAAAUCAAAUGCAUAAGUGAACCUUUUGGAUUUUAAGACAACCUUGAAGUUAAAACUGUUUUACCAGAAGUCAACUUUGCCAUAGUUUUCCACCAAGCAGAGGGAGAGAGGGGACACAGAGAGAGAUUCGCAGUAACCCAACAUCUCUCUCUGAUAAAAUUCAAGCAAGAUCCAGUUGAAUAGUUCUCUUCAAAGCAGGUGGGUCGACCUUCAACCUCUCUCUUUUUUUCUCUCUCUCCCCCUUCCUGUUUGUGGAUGGGUGAAGAGGGACUGGUUGGUGAUACCGAGAACACUGAAAAUUCAAAGACAAACCCAAAACUAACUCUCUUGCCUCUUAUUGCACUUAUAUUCUAUGAGGUUUCUGGGGGUCCGUUUGGCGUGGAAGAUUCUGUCAGGGCUGGAGGUGGCCCUCUUCUAUCCUUGCUUGGUUUCUUGAUAUUCCCCAUAUUUUGGAGCAUCCCAGAAGCUCUGGUUACAGCUGAGCUAGCCACAAGCUUCCCUGAAAAUGGUGGGUAUGUCAUUUGGAUAUCAUCAGCUUUUGGGCCAUUUUGGGGCUUCCAAGAAGGUUUUUGGAAAUGGUUUAGUGGUGUUAUGGACAAUGCCCUUUACCCAGUAUUGUUUCUCGACUACUUGAAGCAUUCGAUUCCCAUAUUUAAUCGGAUGAUUGUUCGAAUUCCAUCUCUUUUAGGUAUUACAGUUGGUUUAACAUACUUGAACUAUAGAGGGCUACAUAUAGUUGGGUUUUCUGCUGUUUUGCUUGCCAUUUUCUCCCUUUUUCCCUUCAUAGUAAUGGCUAUUCUCUCAAUUCCUCAAAUUAGGCCUAAACGAUGGCUCGUUGUAGAUAUAAGAAAUGUGGAUUGGAGGGGAUACUUUAACACCAUGUUUUGGAACUUGAAUUAUUGGGAUAAAGCAAGUACAUUAGCAGGGGAGAUCAAAGACCCGUGUAGGACUUUCCCUAAGGCACUCCUGGGGGCUGUAGUUUUGGUUGUUUGUUCGUAUUUGAUUCCACUUCUUGCGGGUACAGGAGCUUUGACGUCUGAUCCUAGUGAGUGGAGUGAUGGGUAUUUUGCAGAAGUUGGGAUGUUGAUAGGAGGGUUUUGGCUAAAGUGGUGGAUCCAAGCAGCUUCUGCCAUGUCUAAUUUGGGGUUGUUUGAAGCAGAAAUGAGUGGUGAUGCCUUUCAACUUCUUGGGAUGAGUGAGAUGGGAAUGCUCCCAGCUAUAUUUGCUUCCAGAUCCAAGUAUGGGACGCCAACCAUCAGCAUCUUGUGUUCUGCAACCGGGGUGAUCUUCUUGUCAUGGAUGAGUUUUCAGGAAAUCUUGGAAUUCCUUAACUUCCUCUAUUCUAUUGGAAUGCUUCUUGAGUUUGCAGCUUUUAUAACAUUGAGAAUAAAGAAGCCGGAUCUUGACAGACCUUACAAGGUUCCUUUACAUACAUUUGGAGCAACGAUGCUUUGCCUGCCUCCUGCUUUCUUGCUUGUUCUUGUCAUGUCUUUGGCAUCUGUAAAGACAUUUCUAGUCAGUGGUGCAGUUAUUAUUGUUGGGUUUGCCUUAUACCCCACUAUUCUCUAUGCAAAGGAUAAAGGGUUGGUCCUGUUUUGUACACAACAACUAUCAGGGCCUUCUGAUAAUGAUGUUGAAGGCCAUCCAAUUCUAUCAGAACAGCUUCAAGAUAUCACUGAUGAAGCUUCUGUCAGCCUUCUUUCAGACUCUUCGUCUUCUAAGGCCGAACAAGUGUCUGGAUUAUCUGGGGAAGCUCUGAAAUUGGAGUAGAAGGUCGUCUCAACCAUUUUGUACUAAAGUUACAGAAUGAGAAGCAGUUUUUUCCAUUCACUAGAUUGAAUGAUAACAUAUAAUUUAUAAGCAGAUUUUUUAUUCACUAGAUUGAAUGAUUGCAUGUAAUUUAUAAUGUACUUUGAUUAACCAUCCAAAUUGCUAUUUUAUUAUAUUUAAUG